GUUCCGCAAAGUGCCUGCGUUUUGAGCUUAGUGGUCUGGGCUGGGUCGAACACUUAAUUACUGCCCGCGAAGGGGACGCCAGAAUUUCGGUGCUUUGCGGCAGGGAUCCAAGCCAGUCCGCCGAGCCUCCCUGCCUACGAGAGAACCGAAGCUCGGCCUGCGGGAGAGGCCGGGAAGCCUGGGCGGGGCGAGAGGGGCGCGGAGGAAAGGGCGCCCGCGGGCCAUGGCGCCUCCUCCGGGGGUGGGUCCCGCGUCUCUGCGGUUUGCAGCCGCCGCCAGCUGGCAGGUCGUCCGCCAACGUCGCGUGGAGCACUUCCCCAGAGUGGUAGAGUUUCUGCAGUUCCUGCGCGCAGCCGCUCCCGGCUUGGUUUGCUACCGACACCACGAACGGCUGUGUAUAGGCCUAAAAGCCAAGGUGGUGGUGGAGUUGAUCCUGCAGGAGCAACCCUGGGUCCGGGUCCUGAAGGCCCUGGAUCAUCACUUCCCAGAGUCCAGAGCAGAACCACUGGACCCUAAAACUAAAAGGCAAGAUAGGAAAAUUUUGGAAGCCCGGGAGAAUUUUUGCAUGCAAGUGAAGCACCUGUCAAAGGCUGAGGAUUUGGCCUCGAGCCUGCCGGAACUCAAACAAGACUAUGGGGAAUCCUUUCUGGUUGCCAUGGAAAGGCUGUUGUUUGAAUACUUGUGUCAGCUAGAAAAAGCACUGCCUACAGUCAAGGCACAAGAGCUUCAGGAUGCCCUAAGUUGGCUUCAGCCUGACUGUUCUGUCACCUCUUCUGUUGCUUUGCGCCACUAUGGUAUGAAUAUGGGAUGGCCAUUUCCAGAGAGCUCUGCUUCUGGCUCAGUGAAUCUGACAGAAUCCGUGGAACAGAGUCCUCAUCAGCAAGCAGAACCAGCACUCCACAGUCCUCUGCCUAAAGCUAAGCCUGGCCUUCACCAGCCAGCUUCACGGGAGCACCCAGAACAUUUAGCUGGCAGCCGCUUUAACCUUGCCCCUCUAGGGAAGCGAAAAUUGCGAUCACAGUGGACAUCUGCAAAGGGAUGUCAUAAAGAGCGGCCUACAGUCAUGCUGUUCCCCUUUAGGAAUAUGGACUUAAUGGCCCAAAAUUCAUCUAACUGGAAAAGCAGGGAAGAGCAUGGAGUGGACACAGCGGGUUCUGUGGGUACAAAAACAGUCUCCACUGGGAAAUCCAAGACUGCAUCUCAGACCACGGGGAAAAGGGCUCCAGAAGAGAGCCUCCCUGACAUACCUGCUGCAGAGCAAAUGGAGGACUCUGUGAAUUGCUACAUGGAUCCUCUGAGACUGUCAUUAUCACCUCCUAGACCGAAGAAACCAGUCGCAGUGCAGUCUCCGUCUCUGUGUGGCUCUGUUAUUACCAUAGGGGACAGGGUUUUGGACUCUGAUGAGGAAGAAAAUAACCAGAGGGAAAAGGAGUCUCUGAAAAACUAUCAGAAGACAAAGUAUGGCACCUUUAUCCCCAUGUUUUGUGACUACAUGCCCGAGUCCUGCCUGUUCGUUCCUGACAAGAUAGCCAAUUCUAGGGCCCUGUGAUGGUUCUGGAAGGCCCCUCGCACUCUGCCCUCAACCUCUGCAGCUCUGUGUGCAGUCUAGUGGGAAUGAAAAGGAAGCCCAGAGCCGAGCUGCCUGGCUACAUUGCUGAAGCUCUGUAAUGCUUGAAAAUUAAAACUUGAAUGUGUUACAAUGUCUUGAAGAAGGGGAAUUAAGACAUCCUUCUAUGUAGGUCAUUCCUCAAGAACAUAACUGGCUUCCCUAGAGCUGGUUGAAGCCCUUCCCAUAUUUCCUUGCUUUGAAAGGGUUCUGAUUUAUCUGGAUGGAUUACCAGAGUUGAGAGCCUAGAAAUAAACUAUGAGUGCUUGUUCUGUUAACAUU